AUGGUUGGACUUCCGAGCAGCAGCACGGACCUAGCGAGCGGGUUCUUUGGCGAUCUCCUAUCUUAUGGAUGUGUCAGGCGGGAUAUCGUUAAAAAGAGGAACCUAAUUUGUAACUCAAAAAAUUGACUCCGCUUGGGCUCACAAUGUCUUUGCUGGGCAUGACGAGACAUUUCCCAGUCCCAGAAGCUCGAAAAAGUCGAAGCGAGUCUUUCAAGUUGAUGCUGUUGUCUACGGCAAAGAACAAGAUGAAGCGCCUUUUCGGUCAUGCUGGCCAGCAGCCCAAUGCUGAAGCCUGAAUAGGAUCAGGAUGAUAUCCUCACGAUGAUGGGCCUACUUGUAAAUAAAAAGUACGCUGCCCCACAAUUGAUUCAGUUACGUAGUCACUUUGCGGUCGCAGACGCAGACCUUCAUAGAUAUAUCAUUUACCGUCGCCCACCAGUUGCCUGAUCAUGCUUCCAUUGCGUCGCAUUUCAUCCGCGACUCGGUCACCAGACCAUCAUCUGCGGAAGUCUGCUAAUAGCAGUUGGCUUACGGUUUAAGUAUCAGUUUUCGAUCUAAUUCUAUUAAGUGAUAUCACAAAUGAUCCUUUCCAGUCUACUGUGUCUUACUGUCUUCCGAUCUCCCACAUGACUUUUGUUCCAUAUGUGGUUCCUCGACAACGUCCGCAAUGGCGUUCCCGCUAGUGCCGCGAGUUCUUUAUGGAGGGGACGACGAAGUAUAAGUGAGUGACCUGAAUAAGGGUGCUGCAGCUAGCCUUAAAGAAAAUGACGGACUCCUGUCAUGCCGAUUUGCCUUAUGAGGAUGACGAUGAACUGCACAAGGCACGAAGACAAGCCGCGAUUUAGAUUUUCAUUGGGAUGUGUACAGGUACAUGCUAUUUGUAUAAAAUUAUUGGAUUUCUGCGAAAGCAAAAGAAUUGGCCGGCAGACCGCUUCAAUGACUUCAGACACAGACAACUACGAGUACUAUAAAAAACGAAAUCAGUCAGAGACUAGAAGUUGUCUCAAAAAUGAAAUAAGAACACACGUAUGACAGACAACCACAACAGGAGCUUUUGAUACUAUUCUCCUAUUCUUAGCAGUGACCUACUCAGACUUCUAUUUUUGAAGAUUUUGCAUUGGGAUAUAAAAAUAUUGCUAGCGGCUGCAGUACUUAAAUGCAGAAACACAUCGCGAAGAAUCGACCCCCUCAAUAAAUAUCUAUAAUUGCUGCGACAACAAGUCCUGCGCCCCGACCACAUGGACCUUUUUCACUACUUCUACCUGGGCCCGGAGCAAGAUCUUCCUGCAGUGUGGAUGGUCCUACGUCGGCUUUUGUCGCGAGCAUAAGUCGCCCGCAGUCGGUACAGUUUUCAGCCGCGCCAUUCGCCAGAAGCGCAGCUAGUGCAAGAAUAGCUACAGAUUCAUCCUUCCAAGAAAUCAGACAGCGCCCCCGACGUAGUCAACCUCAACAUGAUCCCAAUGCUUCGGCUUCAGCUUCAACGAGCUUCGCUGAGGGAGAGGACGGCGACGCAAAACCCACGACCGUGAUGGAAACCCCGGAAGGCGAGACCACAAGCACAACUGCGCCUGAAAAUGGCGACGCCGACGCAAACGAAAACCAACCUGCAGAAGAUCCCGCGGAUACCGGUGAGUCGCAAUCAAAUGACGCUGGGGAAGACAGCACUAGCAAGAAGCCCAACGAAAGCAAUGUCGGAGCUGUCACAGAACAAGAUGAAACAGGUGGUGCCGACAGCAAGACCGUGACUGAAGGAGAAGAUGAAGGCACAGGAGACACCAGCGCGGCCAAAAAUGACGCACCAGAUUCAGGUGCGGUCGCUGGCGCGCCGGUGGCCGAAGACGAAAGCACAAACGGCAAAGCGGGGGAUGAUUCCGCCGCAGGACCCGCUCCGGCCGCGGAGAACGAGCACGCGGGGAACAAGGAUGAAGACGCAGCGGAAAAAGUCGCGGAAGCAGAGGAGGCAAAGGCAGAAGCGGGGGAAGAGAACGAGGCCGAAGAAGCGGGGGAUGGGGCGGGGGAACAAGACGAGAACACAGGUGGAGAUGCAGAGGACGAUGCUGCAGCAGAAGAGGCUAACGAGGACACCAACGCCAACGAUGACGCGGAGGCGGAACCAAACGACGAAGGCAAGAGCGACGCAUCCCUACCGGCGCAGAGCACACGGCGGGCCCGCAUGACCAACGGGAUGAAGCAGAACGGCGAUGACGCCACAGCGGUAGAUCCGAAGUCCGCACCACCCCUGCGUCGAAAUCCGGACUUUGGCGCAGCAUAUCAGAGUGUCUGUUGGGGAAUCAUAAUCAACAAAAUAAACGGAAGUAAUUUGCGAUGCUUACUACCAACAGUUUGCCUUUGCGUUUCCACGAAGUGACGCAUGACAAAUGCUGCUCAUUUCAAGGCUCUACUUGACAUCGUUCUUAAUAGCGCAGAUCUCCGCAGCAAGAGCAACCCUCUCCAUAGUGAUGACCCUCAUCAGGCUUAGCCAGUCGCCCUGCUCUCUACUUGCCUUCUAUAAUGAAAGGCAGGCCAUCCGUAUCAGGGUCCCCGAGCAUUUUACGCAUUUCAACUUUCCGUUUGUAUUUUGUAAAUUUCCCAUGAGGCAGCACUUCGAUACAUCAAUAGGGAUGGAAAAUGUAGAAAAGUUUCAUACCUAUAAAGUACUAGCUAGCACGGCCGGGCACUGUUAUGAGCACGAUUGCGGCCGUUCUUCGCAUUUUUUGGCGUCCCCACUAGCACGGUCGGACCGUGCUAGAAAAGCAGCCGGCCGCGUGCUUGUAGUGCCUAUGUGAGCGAAAAAGUGAAUAUAUAUCCAAAAAAUGGGCCGCAUAUUUCGAAGCCGCAAAAUAUGCGGCCCAUUUUUGGGAUAUAUAUCCACUUUUUCGCUCACAUAGGCACUACAAGCACGCGGCUGGCUGCUUUUCUAGCACGGUCCGACCGUGCUAGUGGGGACACCAAAAAAUGCAAAGAAUGGUCGAUAUGGUGCUCAUAGCAGUGCCUGACCGUGCUAGCUAGUACUUUAUAGGUAUGAAACAUUUUGCAGUUUUCCAUUGAUAUACAUCAAUCAAAAAGUUCAAAUGGAUCGAACCCAAACUACCAGAGUGCUCCCGGCACGUGAAAGAAUGCCCCGCCGCAGCAGCGAACAGUGGCGAGGAGCCGCCAGCAGAGCUACGAGCUGAGAAGCGGCCAGAGGAAGAGGCACAGUGAGGAGCACUUCUAGGAGAAAAUGAAUUGUAUACAGCUCUGCUCAUCUCGGAGGUGCACUACGAAAGUGUCAGUGUACGAUGAAGAACAAAGCAAACUUGAAACAAGCUGCUCGCACUGCUUUCUAUACAAAGAAGACAGAGAAUAACUGAUCGUCCUUGUGCUUGUGUCUUCCAUUCCCGGGAGCGUCGACGAAAUGGAAAUGUGCUCUGCUGUUCUUAUGGCUUUUGAUUUUGCAGUCAGCGGCCCGCAUUGACGCCUGCGAGUUGCACUGCCGGGAAUGUUGGAAAUUGUGCGACCAGCAGGUCGCCUGUAAUUGGUGUAAGA